AUGGAAGCUAUUGGCAAAUCUCUGAAAGAAGCUCUCAAGUCUGCCCAGUGUGAGGAUCGCCUCACUGUUGGUGUCUAUGAAAGUGCCAAAAUAAUGAAUGAGUAAGUAUUUUAUCCACUAAAUGUGUGCUUUGUGUGCUUUAUUUAUUAUUUUCUUGACAUUUACUCAUUUACUGACACCAUUGUGCUAUUUUAUGAUGAUGUUGACUAAUGAAAGUUUAUUUUGUCUAUCUCAACAGUGACCCAGACAGCGUGUCUUUCUGUGUUCUGGCCACCGAUGAGGAGUGGGAGUGUGACAUUGCUCUCCAGAUCCACUUCACCCUCAUCCAGUCUUUCUGUUUUGACAACGACAUCAGCAUCGUCAGAGUGAACAACAUGCAGCGCCUGGCUGAGAUUGUUGGUGACAAGGCUGGCCAGCCUGAAGAUGCCCACUGCUGUCUUAUCACGGUAUGUUACAUUACAACUCAAACUGACUUAAUUUAAACAUUUAAUAAUAGAGAAUGUUAUGAACUGUUCAUUGUGUCCAUGUGACUAAUGUUCCUUUCCCCUCUUGUUUCUCAACAGAACCCAGCUGAUGGUUCUUGGGAGGACGCUGCUCUGGAGAAGCUGCACCUGUUCUGUGAGGAGAGCCACAGUCUGAACAACUGGGUUCCAGAGAUCACCCUCCUUGAGCGCUGA